UCGGUGCGGAUCAAACACCUUGCAGUCUGUUCAAAGCCAUUGAGAAAAAGGGGAUCUCUGUCGGAUAUGGUGGAGUAGGCUACAUCGGGGCGGAUUGGAAACCACCUGGUUUGGAAUAGCCCGAUGGAAAUUGGAGGACGGGGGCCUUGUGAAGUCCGUCUCGAGGAGGUUUUCAUGGAGCGUUGAGAUUAUCAUUAUGUGGUGGCUUGCCUUAAUGAUGUUUACAUCUCCGGCUUUCCCAUUCAUCUUUUUUGUGUGCAUGGGGUUAUCCGAGGCGGCUCAUUCCUACGAUGCCCUGCCUUUAUUAAUAAGGAAAUCUCGUUCAAUCGCUGAAGAUCAUCCAAAUACGAGCGCGAGCGGGUUUCCAGGGGACCGGCUCGGUAUUGUCGCAUUAACACCAGCGCCCUCGAUCGCGUCCGCUAGAAAACCGAUAAAUGUCGCAGCACCAGCAGCCACCAUUAUACCCCCAACAACGGAGCCCACCACCCCAUCUCUGUCUAAUCCCAGCUACAUGGCCGCAUCUGCUCGGAGGAAGCUCAGCUCUGUUGAAACCCAGAUGAUAGAAGCGCAGAUGUCUGAUAAUGAAGCGGACAGAUCGGGCGUCGUGCCCGACUUCAGCACAACCUCUGACAGUUCUCAAGAGCCAGGGUGUAACUGCAGUGGUGAAGGAGCGUCGGACCCUGACGAGUGUGACCGUGACACGGGUCAGUGUGACUGUAUGCCGGGUUACACCGGGCUGCAGUGUGAAGAGUGUGAGGAAGAUCACUUCACCAACGGCUCCAUCGGCUGCCUGCCCUGCGCAUGCGACUCCUUCGGUGCCGACGGCUCCAGCUGUGACAGCUCAGGGCUGUGUAAGUGUAAGACGGGUGUAUACGGGCCCAAGUGUGACGACUGCCACCCUGGAUUCUUUCACUUCAGCAGCACAGGAUGCCAACCGUGCCAAUGCAACAACCACUCUACCUACUGCCACCCUCAGUCAGGUAUUUGUUUGGACUGUCAGGAUAACACUCAGGGCCACAACUGUGAGGAGUGUCUGCCCAACUUCUACCGGCGUCAUGGUGAGGGGUCCUCGGACACCUGUCUGCCUUGUCCCUGCUCCUCGGAGAGCUCCAGCGGCAGCUGCCACCUCGAUUCCAGUGGACGGCCUGUAUGUGACCAAUGUAAGCCUGGCUUCUCCGGCCCGACAUGCAGCGUGUGCACGGACGGUUUAUUUAAAUCCGCAGGCGUGUGUGUGCCCUGCGACUGUAACGGGAACGCCGACCCUCGCUCCAUGCCACAAAUCUGCCACCCCGAGACUGGCCAUUGCCACCGCUGCAUCAACCACACAGCGGGAGCACACUGUGAGAUCUGCACUCGUGGAUACACGGGGGACGCCCGCUACCACAACUGCACCCUGAGAGCAGUGAGAAUCCUCCCGACUCAAGACAUCAAGACCUCCACUGCAGAAAUCCCCAAAUCCACAAGUUCUAUAGCUUCUACACCUGCUUCCCGCCUCCUCACUUCCUCCUCUUCCCCUACCACCCACCCAAGCCUACCGACCCUUCAGUCCGGAAUGGGAGAAUCCUCAGGACACAACAGCACGGCCUCUGCCCUGACAGUAGUGUCCUGGACGCAGUUUAACAUCAUCAUCCUGGCCGUCAUCAUCGUGGUUGUCGUUCUUCUCAUGGGCUUCGUGGGAGGUGUGUUUACGUAUCGUGAGUACCGCAAUCGGAAACUGAAUGCCCCGUUUUGGACCAUUGAGCUGAAGGAAGACAACAUCAGCUUCAGCAGUUACCACGACAGCAUCCCACACACUGACCCCAAUGGACUAUUGGAGGAGGAGCCUUGUGUGGUCGCGGCCAAUGGGCAGUUAGCACUCGCCACUGCCGCCAACAUGUACAAAGCGUGAUGUCGUCAGUAUGACUGUAUCUUUUCUUAAAGGGAUAGUCCAGCCAAAAAUGGACAUUCUGUUAUCAUUUUCUCAUUCUCAUGUAGUUCCAAACCUGACUUUUUUUCAUUGGAAUGUAAAAGAAAAUAUUUUGAGAAUCCGAAACUAAAUUUGACGUUUUUAGCAUUCCACUGAAGAAACAAAGUCAUACAUGUUUGGGAAGAUAUUAAAGGGAUAGUUUACCUAAAAAUGAAAAUUCUUAUAUUAACUUCUCACGCUCAUAUCGUUCCAAACUUACAAGACCUUUGUUUAUCUUUGGAAUACAAAUGAAGAUAUUUUUGGUGAAAUUCAAGAGUUUUCUGACCCUGCAUAGACAGCAAUGUAACUACCAGGUUCAAGGCCUAGAAAUUUAGGAAGGACAUUGUUAAAAUAGUCCAUCUGACAACAGUGGUUCAACCGUAAUUUUAUAAAGCUAAGAGAGUACUGCUUGUGCAGAAAGCGAGUUCACAGCAUUCUGAUCAUCUCUCAGAGAAAUUAAGCCUGUGUAUUCUGGUUCGAAUAAGUGAGGCUAGGCAAAAAAUUGCAAGUCAUCCCGUUUACGAAGAGUGUUUCAUGUACAGCAUGCAUCUUCCUCUGCUUGUAAACAAGGCACAGUGUAUCUGGGUUCUACGUUAGAACGCCGGCUCUCAUGAAUAUGCAUCAAUAAGAGAUGGUUGAAAAAGGUCUGUAUUUUUGUUUUCUUUGCGCACCAAAAUAUUCUUGUAGCUUAAUAAAAUUAAUUUUAAAUCACUGAUGUCAUAUGGACUGUUUUAAAGAUGUCCUUACUAUCUUUCUGGGCACUGAACGUGGUAGUUGUGUUGCUGUCAGAAAGCUCUCGGAUUUCAUCCAAAAUAUCUUAAUUUGUUUUCUGGAGAUUAACAAAAGUCUUUUGGGUUUGGAAUGACACAAGGUUGUGUAAUUAAUGACAUAAUUUAAAUUUUUGUGUGAGCUAACCCUGUAAGGGUGAGUAAAGAACUAAAUAAAAAUUUUCUGGUGAACUAUCCAGUUAAGUUUGAUGAGUAUUGAAAGAAGGUAGCCUGGGAGCCAAAACUUUAUUUGAUUCUACACAGUAUUUAGCUCCCAAUUGCUUCUCAUGUGAUGUCCUAAUGCAAAGUGUUUUCACAUACAAUAUUUCCUGUAACAAUUCAGAGAGGACUCAUGGAAAUACAAGACAAGCCAUUAACAUGUUACUCGUUAGACAUAAAAAUUAUAAAAUGUGAAUGGAUUGCAUCUUAAAUGAGCUUCUGAACUGUGUGCAACUAAGUUUAAGGAUGCUUAACUUCAGUUAAUAGCUACACGAAAGGGGAUUUCCCUAUUUGAGAUGCAACUGAAAGACCUUUGGACCUACAUGCCAAGAUAAUUUUACCUAAAACUGCUUUUUGUAUAGAAAACUCGCAAGGUUUCAGUCUGACCCUAUUGCACCACCUGAGAAAUUCACAUUUGCUUUGAAAAUUUCAAUGGAAAUCAGAAGAAGUUCAUUCAAUCGGCUUUUGUAAAGAAAACAAAGACUGCCAGUUUCAAGUCCAACGUGUGUGCGUAUGUCUUCGACAGAUACUAUUUCAUACAAUGGCGGCACUUUGGAUUUCUUUGGAAUGCAGUCUCACUCCUUUACACGAUUCCUGUCACUGAUUGGAAUCAAACUGAACGUGCAACAUAACAGUCAUACCUGUACCACUAGCACCUGUUUCAGCCUUAUUGUAUUUAUGUGUGAGUGGGUGGAUGUGUAUUUGCAUGCAUGGGAGAGUGAGAGAGAGAGCUGGUGUUGUGUGUGGGAACAGUUUCAGAUCUAACUGUGUAGAGCUGGAUUCUACACAGGAAUGUACAAAAAGACUGAUUCUUCUGCAAAGUUUCACAAAAACUGAUAAAACGUUCGACACAAUAUUGUAGAUAUGAAAGCCAUGUAAGCAUAAUAUGACCCAGGAGGAGCGUGUUCAGAGGACUUUGUCAAGUGGAAAGGCUGUUUUUGGGAAACUAUAAGGUACGACGGUGGACAAGGUGUGUUUUUGUCCUCCAUUUAUCUGCAAGGACCCUUUUAAAUGUGAUUCAGGCUCAUUUUGAUGAUUUGGACAGACAAACUGUGUUUGAAUUAUUGUGUAUUGUUUGUUUGUUUUUAUUCAAAUUUGUCUUGUUAAUUCCUAUUUAUAAUUUUUAUUUGUCUUUGUGGUCUUAUUUUAUUGAUGUCUUUCCAUCUUCAUGCUGCAUUGUACAGUGUACCAUACCGAAUGCAAACUCUGUAGACCAAGUUGUGAGCACAACCUCAAAAGAUGUUUCGGAAGUCUUAUUUUCUCUUAUUUUCUUUCUAAUUUAUUUAGUCAGGUUACGCACCAAUAACAUACAACGGGAUGUUGGUGGAAGAUACUGUAUUUUCUGAUUCCUGAGUUCCUGAGGUCAAAUUACUGAAAUUAAAGGAUUAUUCUUCAAUGAGAUGACACUUUUUUUAGACUGUUAGUGGGAGCAUGUGUUUCUUUUUGAUGUUAACAGGAAAACCAAAAAUGAAAAUUCUGUAAAUCA